GACGCUAUCAAAAGUUUGAUCAUGAGAUUUGUGGACUCUACACUGCACUUAACUGGAGGAAAUAAACUUCAAAACAAAGCAGAGUUUCACUAUGGGUGUGGAGAUGCUCUCUGUGUUUUUACUCAUGCAGACUCACUUUUGCUGGGGUCAGAACACACUGGUCGUUCCCUCUCAGCCAAUCAUAGCGCCCGUUGGCAGUGAUGUCACUCUGCCCUGUCAGUUGGACCCUGUUAAAGACCUCAGGGACAUGGUGGUGGAGUGGUCACGGCACGACCUGACGCCGCGCUACAUCCACAUCCGCCGUGACGGUCGAGACCUUCUCAGGGACCAGAACUCCCUGUACCUGGGCCACACCUCUGUGUCCGAGAGCCGACUGCAGCAGGGGGACAUGUCCCUGAGUCUGACCAGAGUCAGACUCAGUGACAGGGGCAAGUACAGAUGCUACAUCCCCCAGACUGAUUCUGAAGCAGAGGUCACUCUGCUGAUCGGUGAGUGUUUUGAGUUUAAUUGUAAAGAUCUUGCAUUAAAUGAAAGAAUUCAAAUACAUCUGAAUUGUGAAAUCAGUCAAGAGUGUUUUUGUGUUUUCCUCCCUCCUCCUCACUUCUCUUGCUCUCUGCUCUUUGCUGCUCCUCUGUCUCCAGUGUCCGUGGCCCCUCCCUCGAUGAGCCUGAUCAAAGAGCGCUCGGGGUCUCCCGUGCUGAGGUGUGAGUCCAGGGGCUGGUACCCGGAGCCGGAGCUGGAGUGGCUGGACUCAGAGGGGACGGUUCUGCUCAGGACUGAGGCUCAGAGAGGAGCGAGCGAGGAGCUGUUCAGUGUGAGCAGCAGACUGAGUGUGGAGCAGAGGCUCGGCAACACGUUCACCUGCAGAGUGAGACAACAGGAGAGCGGCCAGAGCAGAGAGGCCCAGCUCAGCAUCACAGAUGAAUUCCUGGAGGCCUGUCCCUCGUGCUCUGUGGCCUGGGUCCUCUUUAGUUUGCUGCUGUGUCUCGUUGCUGCUGCUGUUGCCUUUGCCGUGUGGAAGUUUCAAAUCAACAAAACCAAGACUAUGGAGAACAAACUUAAAGACUGUGAAGAAGGUGUGCCAAUGAUGAGGGAAAAAGAAGAUGAGAAAAUCCACAGAGGAGAUGACAAACUGGCUGAAUACAAGGAGCAAUUAGAGAAGAUUACAGAAGAAAAGAAGUCUGCUACAGAGUUGAGUGAGGAACUAACAGGAACAAAAGAGUUUCUAAUGAAGCUAAAAGAAAAACUAAAUCAAUAUAAUUAUCAACUCAGCACUGACUUGGAGAAGAAGAAGGAGAUGAAGAAAAAGAAGAAGGAGAAAAUGAUUAUGGAGAAGUAUGCCUAUAAGAUUGAGAAAAUGAAGAUGCAAAUUGAAGAGUUUGGGAACAUUAUUAAAGAUGUUAACACAGAAAUGUCUAAAAUUGAAAAACUCCUUUUGAAAAACAGUGAGAAGAAAGGGAAGCUGGAAGGAGACAUAAAGCAUUUCACAAAACUGGUCUGCUCGGGCCUCAUACGCCACACGACUCAGGGAAGGCGUUUCCAUUAGUUGGACAACAAAACCAAAAUGCUUCAACCAGCAUUGAUAACAUAGGAGUAUUACAAAUAUUAACGUUGGACCACUAAUUUGCACGAUACGGCUCUAUGAGAAUAAAAUCAUAAUAAAGUCAUAUUCAAAGUAAAGAUGCAAUUUUAUCCAGAUUUAGGGCCAAGAGCCAUUCUCCACCACAGCAAAGAAUGGCCCUUAUUUGAGUUAAAAGGUUAAAUAACCUACAUACGAUAGAUGUAGAACUUACAGGCCUUUUAAACAUUAACAACUGCUGAAUCAUUUCCUCAGAAAUACUCCCCCUGCACCUCUGUGUGUAGCUGAACGCUUUUGGGCAGGUGUAGGAGUUUCAUCAAAUACAUUCCCUUGACUUUGAGCUUUCUACACUUGUUUACACUUGUUUGUGGACUUGUGGAGCUGCGCGUUCAGGCAGUGGCAGCUGUUUAUACCCUGUACCUGGAGCAUCCACAGAUACAGGGUGUACACAGUGCUCCAGACCCUGUACUGUGGAACAGUGAGGACAGUGUGCUGUGUCUAUUCUGCAUAAAGAAUUUGAGAUUAAAGACUGAAACUAGCUCUUAGACUAAACUGUGACCACCUCUCCACAGGCCCAUAAUGAGGGGCUGAAGUUAUCUACAAUGAGCACAUCUUUGAAUGUGCUUGUGCAAAGUGCUCGUGCUUAGAACAGUCGAGAAGUGAAGCUAAGUGGAAUCUGGGUAUGAGCUGAGACUCCACCUGUCUGCGGCUCAGAGCACAGUCUGUGUCCUGCCCCAGGGAGCCCCAGGGAGCCCCACUCUCUGCAGGCUUUUAACAAGGAGAAGUUCAGUCACUCCACGGGGAGAAACAGUAGCCUACUUCAUUCAAACGUUCUUUGAUUAAUGAAUAACUUUCAAACUUAUGGGAUGUGCAAAAUGUCAGUAUUUCACCGUUUGAUUUUGUUAAUGGACAUUUAUAUAAACUUUUCACUCAUCCAAGCGCCGCUCUUUUGCAGUCUGUACAUUUUGAUUCGGCAUCAAGCCCCAAAUCAUUAAAUGUCUUUGUUUGGCGACAAUGUUAUUCCACUUAAUUCUCAGUCACAUAAUUUAAUUUUUUUAAGUGACUCUUUUUAAGUGAGAACAAUACUUUGAAGUAAUGUGACUUUUACUUGAGUGCAAUUUUUGGCAACCCACCUCUGCCCUGGACUGAUUAUGGAGAUAGACCGAUAUACUGGGCCAAUAUUUAGACUUUUUAGUGUAUCUGCUAUUGGCCUUAAAUCUCCAGCAGUGGGUGAAAUUUUGUUUCGGUCGAUCUCCUGCCUAGAAAAUACACACAAAGCUUUAUACACAAAGUUUAACACUUUAAUACACAGAGAAAACUGCACAAAACAACUACACAGCUCUCUUACAGGUCUGUGGUAUAAAAAAGGGUUUGUAGUAAAUUUAAAUGACAUAAUUUGAGAAAAAUAAUAAAAAUCUACAUAUCAGUCAAAAAAUGUUGGCAGAGCUCAUCGGCCAUUUGCUCUGGAUUCUAAACAAUCGACAUCGGCCAUGAAAAAAACAGUAUCGGUCGAUCUCUAGUUGAUUAAUAUUCCAGUACGACUCGUAAACAUAAAGGAUCUUUUCAAUUAAAUACACUGACCCCAUGAAUAUGUCAAUAUGGACAAGUUCAAGGAAAAAUAAUCAGGGCGGUGGAUUCUUGGAUAUAAAUCUUCAUUUAAAAGCUCCAUCAAAAGUAAAUACUGAAAACCACUGGUGCAGGUUUUCAGCUCAGGUUUGAGUUUUGUGUUUAUGGGAAACAUUGUGAGGACUUUUCACUGAUCAAAAGAAGAAUAUUUAGUUUUGAACAGUUAAACGCUCUGGCAAAGGCCUAUGUUUUCUGUGAAACUCAUGGAUAAACUGCUAGAUUGCCCAUGACGGCAGAUCCAACCAUCAGAAAAGUUACACAGUGUUCCUUUUACAUCCACUAAUAAAAUAUUUUUUUAUAAAUACAAUGAAAUGCUAGUUGUUCAUAGAUGAUUCUUGUCUGUCCUGUGCAGUAGUAGAACAGGCCCAUUAUACAGUGUGUUAUUUCACAUGUACUUUUAUCUCUGUGGAUAAUGACAGGACCAAAAGUGCAGUUUGAUUCCUCUCAGUCUGUACAGGGCUGUACGUCUGAUCCACUGAGACACAGAGACUUAUGUGACCAUUUUAAAAGUUCAUUGACUAAUUAUUUUAUUUGAAUUAUACGUAACGUUAAAACAUAAUGGAAAAAAUUAUGAUGCGUCCAACAGUGGUGGAACUUAACGAAGUUAAAGUAGUAAAGUAUGUAAAGUAAAAACUUUAGGUAUCUGUACUUUACUUUUAGAUUUUAAAGUGGAUUCUUUUUACUUUUACUUCACUACAUCUGAGUGUAGUAUCUGUACUUUCUAUUACACUACAUUUUUGAUAAGGACUAAAAACAUAUUCUUUAUUAUUGUUUGAGACCGGCUGAA